UCAAUGCGUCGCUUUGAGUUACUAGCCGUGAUUGACGCUUCAAUGCGCAUCCACCUCAAGUUCACCAAAGACAUUCUGAAAUAUUUGGUGGACAAUUCAUAUCCUAUGGGACGCAUAAAACCAGAUACUGUUGACCAAGGAUGAAAAUUACCUCGCAGCCCUUGAAAUCUCUCAGAGCAGCGCUCUCUAGAAUUCCAUCUUGUAUUUUCUAAUCUUAUAGACUCCCUGAGGAAUGGCCUACGUCAACCCCGGCAGUUUGAUGGUGGACCCCAGCGGGCCUGGGUCGGUAUAUCAUUACUCUGUCGUAUCCAACCCGCCUCCCCAUCCGUCCAUCAUGCGUUCCCAGAUGCCAGAGUAUUGGGUACUUCCGGAUCGUCGACGCGUGGAACAUCUUCCCCGUGCUCUCAAUUAUAGCCCGCCGAUGGAGACCUUCCCUCCCGUCACGUUCAGCGUACGCGGGUGGCCCGGUGUCCGCAUCAAGGACCUUUUGAAGAACCAAGUCACAGUUGAUGAUCCUAAUGCCACGCCCCUGGCACAUUUAGGUUGGCGCGCGACCGUCAUUAAUCUUGAAUGGCCAGGUUACGCUCGGCGAACCUACCAUGACCCGCAGAUUGCGAGGUUUGAUGUCAUAAGGGAAGAGGGUCCAAUGACCCGUCAAGGUCUUGCGAAGGAAGUUGCCUUGACUCUCCAACACUUCCAUCGCAGUGCACAGAACACCACCAUCGCUCAAGGUUUCGAAAAGUGGUCCCUCAAGGAUGGCAUUCGUCCAUCGGAUGUUGUUCUUUUGUCUAUCCAUUACUACAGGACUCAGUGGAUUCCUGAGUUCUACGUCUUUGAAUGAAGCAGGGAAAUUACUCCGUUCCCGCUUGCUACGAGACUAUUUCUAUUUAUUUACUUGUUUUUUUUUCGGUCUUCUUUCCUUCCUCCUUCCUCUAGCCUUCAGUCACAAUCAAAGCCACAUUCUUUUCUCGCCAUCGCAUUGGUGGCCUGGAACGUUGAAGCUUCAUAUACUUAAUUUCUUAUUGGUACUCUUACAUUGUUUUGUUAGGCCCCCACACUGUAGCCAAGUUAUUAUAGUUGAAAUGUAGUACUGCAUAAUAUUGACGCAUUUGACCCCCCUAAAGUUCACCAGUUCCAUCAUCAUA